GAUGGGCAUUUGCUCAGCACCGUCCGUCUUAAUUUAUUAGUACCUAUACACGCUUCAGCUGACAGCUUAUUGGAUUCCCUCUCCAGACCCUCAGUCAUCCCAACUGACUUGACUUGAGCUAAUAGCAGUUUGGACUUGUGACCAUGACUGCCCCUCAUGAACGAACUACUAUGUCACGUGAGAACUGGUUUGGAAGGGGGGCACCUCAAGCCACUGUCUGCCACAACAGAAGAGUUGAAACUGGUCCGAGCGUCUGAUGCCGUUUCCCCCCGCCUCAAGCCGCCUCGAAGUUUGAGAGAGAACAUAAAGACUGCUCCUCGUUUGCUUUGUGCCCAUCACGUUAUUUGCGUUCUCUACCCUUCUGAACAAUACCCUGAUGAAGAAACAUCUGUAGAUAUCAUCAUCAAGCUAUUCGAUGUGUUCAAUGACAUAACAUGGCAGGGAGCAUCUAGCGUCACUGCUACCCCCAGAUUAAUCAAUAUUUAUCCACGUUAGCUAUCAGCGGGGAAAUCCGUCAUAAUUGUAACUUUGCAACUUGCCUAGAACUGACCGCUUUCCAUCGGCAAGGCUUAAGUAGCAUCAAUCCCCGUCCGUGCACCCACAUUUUGCCCACGGCAACUUCCAACUGUCGAUAUCGCAUCUGACCACCAGUGCUUGCGCUGCAUCUUGACCGUUUUCUGUCUCGACUUUUAGCACAGCAGCAGCUCGUUUGAAACCACCAGUUGACUCGGAUUAAACACCCCAGUAACACAAAAUGCCCCCUCCUCCUCAGCAUGGCGUUGGACAGUCAAACGUCGACAAGUUCAAGAUGGGAAUGUUGAUGGGCGGCACGGUCGGCUGCAUCAUCGGCUUCAUCUUUGGAACCGUCAACAUCUUCAGAUAUGGCGCAGGGCCAAACGGCAUCAUGCGAACACUCGGCCAGUACAUGCUGGGUUCCGGCGCGACAUUCGGAUUCUUCAUGUCGAUCGGCAGUGUUAUUCGGUCGGAUUCGUCGCCCAUCAUUCAGGAGGCCUACCUCCGCGCGCAAAGACGCCCAAUCAUCAUGACCUCUGGCGCAUUCCGUCCUUAUCAGCAACCCGUUCGCCGCAGCAACGACAACUAA